CAGUGAUUCUGGCAUACUGCGGGUGGAGAGAGACCGAAGCAGUUUUCAAUCUGGCGCUUCCAUAACGGCCUAUUUAAAUCUUGAAUGAUAUAUUUUACAAGGAUAUAGUGUGAUCGUUCACUUUUGAUUGUAGCUGUUUUUUUCCUUUCUUUUUGUAUUUAUCAAUGGGAAGGCGCUUGCCUGGUCAAGCGUGGACUUGUAUGCCAGCCGGGUCAAGGUUCGCUCUUCCACGGGUGGAUUUAUUAUUUGCGGAGAGGCGGGGGGAACAUCUGCAGAGAGCGGCCGUGGAUGAGCGUCUAAUCCCUUCCAGAAAGGGCGUGAAGGAACCGAGGUUGUUCUCCGCGUCGUCGCGGGAAUGAACUGCCGCAGAAAAAGACCGCAAAGUGGAAAUCAACACCGCCGAUGACAAUGUGACUGCUGAGAUCAUCCUCUGUAUUUAUUUUUUUUUAAAACCCGAGAACAUGCAGAAAUGUGUCACGUUGCUCAGUGAGUUAAUCUGAAGGAUCGCUUUUUUAUUUAAACGUAGCUAAAGCGUGUUCGUCCACGAGCCGUCAUGUCGGCGGUGAUGAUAAGCAGGAAGGUGCGGAAAUGGGAGAAGCUGCCAGGCAAGAACACUUUCUGCUGCGAUGGGCGAGUGAUGAUGGCCAGGCAGAAGGGAGUCUUCUACCUGACUCUCUUUCUCAUCAUUGGGACCUGCGCCCUCUUCUUCGCCUUUGAAUGUCCGUAUCUCGCUGUCCACCUAUCCGCCACCAUCCCAGUCUUCGCCGUUGUGCUCUUCCUCUUUGUCAUAGCCAUGCUAUUGAGGACCAGCUUCAGUGACCCGGGGGUCCUUCCUCGAGCGCUCCCUGAGGAGGCCAGGUUCAUCGAGAUGGAGAUUGAGGCCGCCAACGGCAACGUCCCCAGCGGGCAGCGACCGCCGCCUCGAAUCCGCAACGUGGAGAUCAACAACCAGAUCGUCAAGCUCAAGUACUGCUACACGUGCAAGAUCUUCCGGCCUCCGCGGGCGUCCCACUGCAGCAUCUGCGACAACUGCGUCGACCGCUUUGAUCACCACUGCCCGUGGGUGGGCAACUGCGUUGGCAAGAGGAACUACCGCUACUUCUACAUGUUCACCCUCUCGCUCUCGCUGCUCACCAUUUACAUCUUCACGUUUGACAUCGUCCACGUGGUCAUGCGUUCAGUGGACGAUGGCUUUUUGAGCACUUUGAAGGAAACACCUGGAACUGUGCUGGAAGUGCUGGUGUGUUUCUUCACGCUGUGGUCAGUGGUCGGCCUGACGGGGUUCCACACCUACCUGAUCUCGCUCAACCAGACCACCAAUGAGGAUAUUAAAGGAUCUUGGUCGGGAAAGAACCGAGUGCAGAACCCAUACAGUCACAAGAACAUCUUUAAAAACUGCUGCGAGGUUCUCUGUGGGCCUACGUACCCAAGCGUCUUGGACAGAAGAGGCCUGAUGAAUGAAGAGUUGCCCAUUUCUGUGUCAUCUGCUGCACCGUCCUCCUCCUCUUCCGCCUCUUUAUCUUUCUCCAACAACAGCAAGUCAGCUCAACCAACCACUAAAACCACGGCGCCGCUGAUCCCAAACGAACACACGCCCGACGAGGCCAAGCCGAGCGUCGGCACCUCUGCAGAGCACACCCCCUCAUCGCCCGACGACCGUCGUCCUCCCUCUUCCUCCGUCCCGCCUCUGGCUUCCCCGGAGACGGACGCCGAGGCCUCCGUCGCCAAGGAUAGGAACCACUAACCGCGUUCCGGCGAGUCCCGUCCGCUCAGGAACACUCACAAUGACUCGGUUCUUUCUUUCCCCUAUAUGAGUGACUCCUUCGGGGAGAGGAGCGAAUUCACAGAAACGUCAGCGUCUUCCCGUCUCCCCCGCACUCAGCUUGACACGUCUCACCGAGAGAGGAGAGAAUGCAUGACAAACCCACGGGAGCUACCGCCCAAUGACUUCCAUCCUAAACCUCGUAUUAACUUUCAGUGUGAGCGGCCAAUAUACUCCCCGCAAGCGGCCGGCAAAGACAUUUUUGCUUGUCUACACGUGUAAAUCCUCAUUCCGUACUGUCCCCUUUUUCCCGUUGCGCACACAUUACAUGCUCUAUGCAAAUCAACAAGGCCGGACGAGCGGUGUUUGUGUGUAGCUGACGUAUUCGAACGGCAGGCAAAUUGAACGUCUACCUUGUAUUCUGUGAACUGCUGCAUUUAGUACUGUUACUAGUAGCGUUGCACCGAUACCGUUUUCUGGCUCCCGAUUCUGUGUGGUAUCGACCAACGCCGACACUACCAAUUCCACGUUUUUAAAAAAAUACAUACAUACAGUUUCUUUUAAUACUAUAUUACUGCAUACUCACUUGAAUAUAUAGUAAUUGCAGUCAUUGGUUUAGGGUUAGGGUUAAGGUUAGGGUUAGCGUUUGGGUAAAGCAACAGGGUUUAGGGUUAACCUUAACCGUAAGACACUGCUUAACGUGUUGGGGCUUAAUGACUAUGGAGGACUGAAUGGGACAGAAUGACUUGUAUAAAUGGAGUUAUACUUAAAUGUGUCAUUAUUAAUUUAAAUGGGAAUUAAAUAUAUAAAAAUUAGGUCUGUCAAACGAUUAAAAUUUUUAAUCCAGUUAAUUACAGCUUAAAAAUUAAUCGUAAUUAAUCGCAAUUCAAACCAUCUAUAAAAUAUGCCAUAUUUUUCUGUAAAUUAUUGUUGGAAUGGAAAGAUAAGACACAAGACGGAUAUAUACAUUCAACAUAUGGUACAUAAGUACUGUAUUUGUUUAUUAUAACAAUAAAUCAACAAGACGCCAUUAACAUUAUUAACAUUCUCUUAAAGCGAUCCAUGGAUAGAAAGACUUGUAGUUCUUAAAAGAUAAAUGUCAGUACAAGUUAUAGAAAUUUUAUAUUAAACCCCCUCAAUGUUUUCAUUUUAUUAAAAUUUGUAAAAUUUUCAGUCAAAAAAAAUAAACUAUUAUCUCGCCAUUGUUGAUGUCAAUAAUUACACCAUGCUCACUUAUUGUACUAACCCAUAAAAUCAGUUGGACCCAAGCGCCAGCAGAGGGCGCCAAACACCAAAAAAACAUGUAACAAGCAGACAUUACACUGUACUGUCAUUUGAAUCUGUUUGAGCGGGGCAUGUGCGUUAAUUGCGUCAAAUAUUUUAACGUGAUUAAUUAAAAAAAUUAAUUACCGCCCGUCAACGCGAUAUUUUUGACAGCCCUAAUAAAAAUGUCAUUAAUUCAUUAAAAUACAAGAUGAGAGAAUACGAGUGAGUUUGACGGAUAAAAUCAACUCAUGAAGUGCUGAAACUCAAUUUUUUAAACAUUAAAUGGACUAGUAUUUUAAUGAAAUAAUGACACAUUUAAUGACAGAUUUAUUCAUUUCCCAUUUUAAUUAAUUAUUCAUACAUUUAAGUAUUUAUCAACCGAUUUAGUUCUACAGUGAAGAAAAUAAGUAUUUGAACACCCUGCAAUUUUGCAAGUUCUCCCACUGAGAAACGAUGGGCGGGUUUGAAAUUUUCAUGGUAGGUGCUUGUCCACUGUCAAAGACAAUCUAAAAAAAAUCCAGACAUCACAGUGUAUGAUUUUUUUAAACAAUUUAUAUUGUAGCGGAAUCACGCCACCUGAACCGCCAGACCCGCGCUGGCUCAGCUCCAGUGACCCGGGCCGGUGAGAACCCAACAACCCGGCCAAAAGGCCCAAAUCUGUGCGUUCACCUUAGUCUUAACCCCUUGUACUGACUCCAUUUUUGAAAGCUGGAAAAAGGCUUCGAAGCACAAGUUGACAAUUUAUUCAGGUCGACAGCGAUCAUGCAGCACAGAGCGACCCAGGCGAGGAUUCAGGGUCACCAUAUCACAAGUCAACAAAAAGUUCCCGAGAAAAAAAUGACAACGAUUUGUUAAACAUUGUCUUUUUUAAGGCUCUCGCGGGGCGGGCUUUGGGCAGAAGAAGGGUGUGUUUGGGCGUUGUUUAGGAUUAUUGUCUGUUUGUGGAUUGGACAGAAGGAUUCGGGAGUUACUGUUGUCAGGGCAACGAGGGUUGUGGAUUUUGCCACCUCAGCGUCAAAUGGGUUCUUGGAGUUUUAUCAGUCGUGUUAUCAGUUGGAUAUCAGGCGUUCUCCAGUGUUGCUUGUGUUGGGAUAGGGCGUCCUGCCCUUUUGUUCUGGACUGUGCAGGAGAACUGAUUGCGAGAGUUGGUGGUGCAGAUGUGGGCUUGUCAGCGUCAAUCUUGCUCAAUCAGUUGCAUGACGCACAUGUUAGGCUUCCGUGAGAAGAAGGCGUCAUGUAGCUCUUAUGCCCUAUAUUCUGCUUGUUUUCCUGAAACUAUAGUAUAAGUGCUAUUUAUUUUAUAUUGGGUGUGUUAGAGUAAUACAAAUAGUCAAACAGUAAAUAUGAGAAAUGAUACUAUUCCUCGAUUGAUUAUAUUAAGUGUGUUACAGUAAUACAGUCGAUCGGUAAAUACGAGAAAAGAUAUUAAGUGUGUUAAAAUAAUGCAAACAGUUAGAGGGUGCCUACGAGAAAAGGUACUAUCUCCUACAUACUGCUGCAAAUAAGUAUUUGAACACAUGUCUAUUAGCUAGAAUUGUGAGCCUCAAAGACCUGUUAGUCACCUUUAAAAAGUCCAACGAAUAAGUAGAGUUGAGGUGGACUUUUUGAGUCUGGCUUUUUGACCUGUUUGAGGCGGUUAGCAUAUAAACACCUGUCCACCCCAUACAUUCAAGAAGACUCCAAAUCCUAACAUUGUCAAGACCGAAGAGCUGUCCAAAGACAGAAUUGUAGACCUCUGCAAGACUGGACAGGGUUAAUGGGCAAUUGCCUAGCAGCUUGGUGAUAUAAGAUCCACCGUUGGAGCAAUUAUUAGAAAACGGAAGAAUCUAAACAUGACUUUCAAUCUUCCUCGGACUGGGGCUCCAUGCAGGAUCUACCUUGUAGGGUCUCAGUGAUCCUAAGAAUGGUGAGAAAACAGCCAAGAACCACACAGGAGGAGCUGGUCAAAGACCUGAAAGGAGCUGGGACCACAAUUUCCAAGGUUACAGUUGGUGAGACGUCAUGGUUUAAAAUCACGCAUGGGGUGGGAGGCUCCCCUGCUAAGCUAGCACAUGUCUGCAGGCCAGUUUUAAGUUUGCCAACGACCAUUUGGAUGAUCCAGAAGAGUCAUGGGAGAAAGUCAUGUGAUCAAAUGAGAUCAAAAUGCAACUUUUUCAUCUUAAUUCCACUCAUAGUAUUUGGAGGAAGAAGAAUGAUGAGUACUAUCCCAAGAACACCAUCCCUACUGUGAAGUAUAGGGGUGGUACCAUCAUGCUCUGGGGGUGUUUUUUUGCCCAUGGGACAACUGCUCUGUAUUAAGGAGAGGAUGACCAGGACCAUGUAUUGUGAGAUUUUGGGGAGUAACCUCCUACCCUCACUUAGAGCAUUGAAAAUGGGUCGUGACUGGGUCUUCCAAUAUGACAAUACCCCGAAGCAGACAGGCAAGUGGCUUUGUAAAAACAUAUCAAAGUUCUGGUCUCCGGACCUAAACCCAAUCGAAAAUCUUUGAAGGAAACUAGAACGCCGUGUUUCUCAGUGACAGCCCAGAAACCUGAUUGAUCUAGAGAAGAUCUGUGUAGAGCAGUGGUGCAAAAUCCCUGCUGCAGUCUGUGCAAACCUGAUGAAAAGUUACAGGAAACAUUUGACCAAAAGCUACUGUACUAAAUAUUAACAUAGAUUUUUUCGGGUGUUGAAAUACUUAGCUGCAGCACGUUAAUACAAAUAAAUUGUUAAAAAAAAUCAUACACUGUGAUUUCUAGAUUUUUUCUUUAGAUUGUCUUCAACAGUUGACACACACCUACCAUGACAGAUUCAAAUCCGCCCAUCAUUCGGCGGUUCAAAUACUUAUUUUCCGAACUGUGUAUUCCAUUCUGUCCCAUUUGGUCCUUCAUACUAGACGUCCAAGCCAUUUGAAAUGAGUAGAUGGGCAGCAAAUGAAUUGGAUUUCUGCUAAUUGGUGGGAGGUUGCAUCUUGGCCAGAGGGAAAAAAAUUGUCUUUUUAACCCAUUGGCUGCUUUUGACGUCGCUAAAUGUCCAAUCCAUUGGAAGUGGAAGGGUGGCAGUAAAUGUUCAUUCGCUGCCACCCUCCAAUUUCCAGUGGAUUGGACAUCUACUAGAUUAGAGGGCGCAUCUUCACCAGGGGAAGAAUACAGUAUAUUAAAUUUUUCAAAACUGAAACUGGCUGCCAUUGACGGCGCUAGACGUCCAAUCAACUUCAGACGAUGAAAUGCCGUAUUGGUACUAGUAUCGGCAUUGGUGCAACAUUAGUUACUAGCAAUGGAGACAACUGUCUUUCCCUUUUUAUUUUUUUUUAAAUAUGCGUACCUGUUUAGUAGUCUGUGACACUCGCUUUACGCAAUAUCUUCACCAUUUCUAUAUGUGGGUGGGUGUGGCUUUUAAUAUUCUUCAACCCUAGUAGCAACCGUGCCUUAAAAAUGGACGCAUCAGACGUUUGUAAACAGAGACGCCCAAACAGUGUUAAACUCAAAACACAAAAAAACGUACUCUGCAUCCGAUAGUUAAGGAAAGCGGGCUUUACUUUGUUGCUAUGAUUAAACUAGCUUGAAAAAUUGAUGGUAAGUCGUAAAAUUGACACAUGGGUUCAACGAUCGAUAUGACCCAGCCAAUAACCGAUCUAUGAAUUAAAAUGUUGUCACUGAAAAAAGAACGGAACCACGUUUUUCCACUAGACCAAUAUCAAUCUAGAUACCGUAAUUUUGAGACUAUUAGGCGCAUCUGACGAUAAGCUGCCAACCACCAAAUUUGACACAAAAACGGCAUUUGUUCAAUCUAGAUAAGCCGCAUUCAAAAACAAGCCACAGCUGUCCUCACAGUAUAAUGGGAUAUUUAUACCAAAAGAUAUUAACUGGUAACACUUUCUUUAACAGCGGCGUCAUAAGACUGCCAUAAGACCAAAAAUGACCAUGAAGCCUUGAACCAAUUGAUGCGAAGCUUCAUUACUUCAAGAAGCUUCAUUUGGCCAUCACUGCUUCUUUGGGUGAGAUAGUUAACCUCUGCUGCCGCCUGCUGUCAACACUGUUUUUGUGCAACAUGCCUCCUAGCAUGCAUUGCAGUGCUACAGAUGUAUGUAACAAUCAAAAUUCAUAUUCUGUGCUAAUUAUUUCUUCAGUUACUGUUCCAGUUGUUUCAUUAAUCACUAGUUAUGGCAUUUGGUAACACUUUAUUUGACAGUAGCGCCAUAAGCCUGUCAUAGGACUAACAUAAAUAUGACAUGACACUGCUGUGAGCAUUGAUGAAUGCUUAUGACGGAUGUCAUUUUGUGCCAUCCGGCAAAUUAUCUCACUUUUGAAUAGAUCUGAGUUGGACAUAAAUUGAGUUUUUUGACAUAAUUUUUUAUUGACACGGUGACAGUGACACCUUUUUAAAACAAUAUAUCGAUUUUGGCAGUUGCAUAUCGAUAACCUUUUGGGCUACAAGUUAUCUUGAUAUAUCACUUUUUCAAUAUAUUGUCACAUCCCUGAGUGUGAAGGCUGAUUUAUCCUUCUGCGUAGCUUUGACUACGGACCUACGCCGUUAACGCAGACCCGAUUUCGUCGUAGCCUGACGUGCAUCUCCAACAGAUCCUGACUUGAAUGUCGAAUGACUGUGAUUGGUUCGCUCAGAAAGUUGUUUCCGGUUCAACACAACGACACGGCCAUUUUCAAACAUGCACAAACGUCUUCUGUGUAGCCUACGCUUCAACCAUAGACAUCACUAUCAGUUGUCGCGGAAGGGGGUGCGGGGCUGCUCCGUAGGGGGCCUAUUUUCAAAAACUACAAAUAUUUUCAAUAUAAGUAUAUUGUAUAUAAAUUAGGGCUGUCAAACGACAAUUUUUUUCAAUCGAGUUAAUUACAGCUUAAAAAUGAAUUAAUCGUAAUUAAUCGCAAUUCAAACUGUCUAUAAAAUACGCCAUAUUUUUCUGUAAAUUAUUGUUGGAAUGGAAAGGUAAGACACAAGAUGGAUAUAUACAGUCAACAUACGGUACAUAAGUACUGUAUUUAUUAUAAAAAUAAAUCAAUAAGAUGGCAUUAACAUUAUUAACAUUCCGCGAAAGCGAUCCAUGGAUAGAAGGACUUCUAUAACUACAAGUUAUAGAAAUUUUAUAUUAAAACCCCUCUUAAUGUUUUCGUUUUAAUAAAAUUUGUAAAAUUUUCAUUCAAAAAAUAAACUAGUAGCUCGCCAUUGUCGAUGUCAAUAAUUACACAGUGCUCAUGGUGCUGAAACCCAUAAAAUCAGUCGCACCCAAGCACCAGCAGAGGGCGACAAAACACCAAAUAACACAAGUAACAAAUGGAUAUUACACUGUGCUGUCAUUUUAAUCUGUCUGAGCGGGGCAUGUGCGUUAAAUGUGUCAAAUAUUUUAACGUGAUUAAUUUAAAAAAUUAAUUAUCACCCGUUACCGCGAUAAUUUUGACAGCCCUAACUAUAAUUAUUUCUAUUUUAUCUACUUUUGUUCCGUGAAGAAUCCAGAAAGGGUUAUUUGAUUGUGGCUUUCUGUAAAACAAUAAAUUUUUACAUUUAUGCACUACUGCAAUCCUCAAUCGCCCCUGGUCUACGCCGUCGCUCCGCCGUCACCGGAACACAGAAGCAUAAAUCAGGCUUGAGAUUGAAUUGUGACGCAAAUCGUGUAUUAUCAUCCCAGAGGUCCCACCCCUGACAAAGCUAACAGAAGCUAGCUCAAUUCCCAGCAAGAAAACCAAUCAAUUAAGGUAUCAUCUCAAGCUAGUAUUGCUCAUCCUUGGAAUUUGGAAGGAUAAAAAGCUUGAUAUUAGUAUUUGUGAUUGAGUAAGAAGCAAAAAACAACAAGCAAAGCCAUUGUUGAAUUGUACAUACAGUAUAUUUACAAGAGUAGAUGCAGUGAAAAGCAGAAGGUUGGCUAAUUUUUUUUUUCUUUACACUGAAAUACCACACUCGAGCCAGUCCACUCUACUGCUGCGCUCUACGAAGAAGAAAAAAAGUGAUUUCAUAUCUGGACGAUGAAGAAAAAAUGUCGCGAAAGCUCAUUUUCGGUGUUUCAAAAUGAUGGUAGCGAGUUUGUGAUUGUGCACUGUCGUGUUGUAUGCGAGAAAGAACAAGUGUUUGUGAACUGUACAUGCGAUGAGUAUCGGAUGCUGCCACUAUAUACGCGGUAAAAAAAAGAUUUCUGAUGUAGUAUUAAUCACAUUUUUUUAAUGAUCCAAGUGGAGAAGGAAUUCAUCAUUUGGGAAAUUUUGUCAUUCCCGGCAGCUGAUUUUCUUUGCAACUAGAUGGAAUCGUGUAGGAACGAGGACUGAUAUUCGUGAACCCUAAAGGAGAUUGAAUGUACAGUAUGUGACAGAUAUUUAUAACCAUAUCCAAUCAGAUGAUUUCCUUCAAAAGGGGGUGAAUUUUUCCAUCGUCGGAUCCGAUUGCUCUGAUCUACAAUAUAUAUCUAGUACAUUAUGUAUACGACUACAGUACUCUUUAUUUAUGUUCACUUUGUUUGGUCUUAACACUGUGAUUCCAUGUAUUUCAUUCCAGUUACUCCACUUUUUCAUGAUCAAUAUGUCUGGUAAAUAAACCAUACUGUCUUAUUAUUA